AUGGCCAACCACAACCAAAUGAUCUUCCUCAACCUCCCCGUCGCCGACCUCGAGGCCAGCAUCGCCUUCUACACCGCCCUCGGCUUCCGCCAGAACACCGUCUUCAGCUCUCCAGACGCCGCCGGCAUGGUCAUCUCCGACUCCAUCUGGGUCAUGCUGCACACCCCCAGCUCCUUCGCCAGCUUCCUGCCCGCUGGACGCAAAGCCACUGCCGCAAAGACGCACACCGAGUGCCUCUUCUGUCUAUCCAGGCCGAGUAGGGAGGCCGUGGAUGAGAUGGUCGAGAAGGCCGGGAAGGCUGGUGGAGGCGUGGACGUCGGGUUCAAGAAGGAUGAGGGCUACAUGUACGGGAGGAGCUUCGAGGACUUGGACGGUCAUGUUUGGGAGGUUAUGUGGAUGGCCGAAGAGGCUCCGAUGGAUCCUGAGGCAGCGGAGGAGGCUAAGGAACGUGGAGAAUGCGGUCCCGGAAAAUAG